AUGGAUACUUUACGUUCUCUUGAAGAGAAAAAUAAAGAAUUGGAUGGUUUGAGACGUCAACUUGCGAGAGAAGAAGAAGAAAAACAUGAAUUGUUUUCGCAGAUUAAUUCACUUAUUGGGGAAUUGGCACAAAUAAAACAAGCAGAAAAUGUUUCUUCUAAAGAAAAUGAAUUGACUUUAUUGCAAUCUGAAUUGGAUGAAUUGAAAUUGGAUUUUGGAAGAAAACAAGGAGAACUUCAGAAAAUAUGUGGGGAAUUGGCACGUGAAAGGGAAGAAAGUCGAAGGCGAGAAAAUAUAAUGCAAUUAGAGAGUAGUAGAAUGGAAGAGGAAUUACGUGAACGAGAUGAGCUUCUUAAAGAAUUGACAGAAACUAGCGAUGAAUUAGGUCGAGCAUUGAAUGAAGCUAACAACGAUUUGCAAAAUGCUAGAGAACAAUUAGCCAUUACUCAACAAGAAUUAACAAAUAAACAAAAAACAAAUUUAAAUAUACCCUCAAUAAAUGAUAAUAAUUUAUUAAAAGAAAAGGAAAAUUUGCAAUUUGAAAUUAAAGAAUUAAAUUAUAAUUUAAAAUGUUGUGAACAAAAAGUUUGUGAAAAAGAUGAACUUUUGAAUAAAAAAAUUGAAGAAUUGAGAGAAUCUAAAGAAAAAAUAAAAAUUUUGGAAGAAAGAUUAAACAUUUCAACUCAAAAAACAGAAGAUUUUGAACAAAGAUUUUCUUUAUUGGCUAUUAGUAAUACAGAAUUGAAAAGUCAAUUAAAAGCAGCAGAAAUGGCUUUAGAAAAUGAUAAAACCAAAAAUUUGGAGAAAAUAAAAGAAGAAAUUGAAUUAAAAGCUAAAUUAAAUUUUGAUGAAUUAUUGAAGAAGGAAAUAAUUAAAAAUGAAGAAAAGAUUUUGGAGGCAGAAAAAGAACAUUCUCGAUUGAAUGAAUUAUUAUUUUCUGAACAAAGAAAUAAAGAAUUACUGAAAGGACAGUUAGUGGCUUUGAAAAAAGAAAAUGAAUUUUUAGAAAAUUGUUUAAAAGAAAGGAAUAAUGAAGAAAUAAAUGAAAAGACAAAUUAUUUGGAAAAAUUAAAUAAUUUGAAAGAAAUUAAUGAAAAAAUAAAUUUUGAAAAAGAAUUGGUACAAACAAAAUUAAAUCAAUUAGAAAAAGAAAAUACUCGAUUAACUUCUGAAUUAAUUGAAGUAGAACAAAAAGCUGAAAGAGAAAUUAAAAAAUUAAAUAAUUCUUUGGAAAAAAUAAAAAAAGAAAAGGAAGAAGAAAUACCUCCUCCUUCUCAACCAAUUGCUAAACCGAGAAAAACUUUAAAUAAUGGAAAUGGAAAUAAUUUAAAUGAAACAUUUGUUGAAGAUAUUGAAGAAGAAGAAAAACAAAUAAAUAUAAUUAAAUCAGAAUUGGAAAAGCAAAAACGAUUGGUUACUGUUUUAAGAAAAAAGUUGCAGCAGCAACAACUCGAUGCCCUAAAACAGCAAAAACAAUAA